CAGAACAACGAGAGACACAGACACAGACACAGACACAGGACAGGACAGGCUGACAUCAGAACAUGGAGGUGCUCUCCAACGUCCUACAGGUGGCGGAGACCAUCUACAGCCUUUGCGAAAGGGCCAGUUCUAAUAAGAAGCAAUGUGCUCGGCUGCAGAAAAAAGUGAAGAUGCUGCUCUUGACUGCUGGCGUCCUGGGGAAGCAACAUGGCAAAUCGAAGGAGCUGAAAGUGGUUCUGACAGAGUUGGAGCUAACACUGAAAAAUGCCGAGUGCUGGGUCCAGAAAUAUUCCCAGCGCGUCUGGUGGAGGAAAGUAAUACAGGCCAAUGGCAUUAAGGAGGAAUUCGAUUUGAUCAAUGAUCGGCUGACUGAUGCGGCCACAGUAAUUUCCUCCAUGAUGUUAGCCGAACAGAGAGAAUCGUUCCUAAAGUUCUUCGAUGAGAAACACCGAAAACGGCAGAAUGAGAGAGAUACAGAGGCCGAUCUGGCAGAGCUGAAAGAUUAUCUGAGAAAUGAGUUCCAGCCCAAGGCGCAGGACAUACUCUCUCAUGUCGCAGCAAUGAAGGCUUAUUGUUUGCGCACAUCCUGGGAUAUCAAGGAAAUCCGGAGUACCGAUCUAACAGUGGGAGAGUUGGUGAUUGAAAGGCCCAGUCAUUUUCUGUACAGAGGAGAGUAUCACAAGGGCCCGGUGGCUAUCAAAGUGUUAAAAGGGCAACUGAUCAAAGAUAAUGAUUAUGUACGAAAAGUAUUUCAGUCAGAAAGUGAAACCAUGAAGAAAUUUGAGUGUGGGAAUAUCUUACGACUCUUUGGGAUCUGUAUUGACAACUCCAAGAGUGAGCCGUGUUAUUCCUUAGUGAUGGAGUUUUGUGAAAAAGGAACUCUACGAGACCUCCUGAACAGAGAGCGGGGUCUGCCCUGGGAGCAGCGAGUCUCCAUGGUGCUGGAUGCCGCAAGAGCUUUGUACAGGUUACAUCAUUCAGAGAUGAAAGCCAUCCUGCAUGGAAGUCUGAGCAGCUCCAAGUUCUUGGUGGAUGGGACAUACUGUCUGAAGUUAGCUGGGUUUGAGCUCUCCAAGACAGAGUCCUCUAUGAGGAGGACCUCCAAUUCGGAGAAGAGAAAGAACAGCAUUGGAUGGGCGUACAUGGCUCCAGAGACAUUGAAGAACAUUAACGCUUAUAAUAAACGCAGUGAGAUCUACAGCCUGGGGGUGGUGUUGUAUGAGAUUGCCAGUGGAAACGUCCCAUUAGCGGGACUGACUGACCCAGAGAAACACCUGGAUGAGCUGCAUCGGAUCCUGACAGCCGAGGUGGCCACCGGCCUUCCCACGGAUUGCCCAAAAAUUCUCAGUGACAUCAUCACACAGAGUCUAGAAAGCGACCCUACUAAACGUCCAACAGCCGGAGUUAUUGUGGAUCUUUUGAUUGCCCAUCAGAACCAGCCAAACAGCCCUAUUGAGACCACUGUAUAGAGUGCAGACAAGAAACUCUGCGAGACAUCCACCCUGGAGAAGAAGUUACAGAGUGCUUGCACUUUUUUGUAUUAUAACUUGUUACACCAACGCUAACUUAGGGUUAAUGUACGGAGCUGGUAUUUCUGACCCAGAGACUGAGCGCACACGUGAAUCACUGAGUGGAGUUAGGUCGACUGUGACAGACUGCAAAAUAAGCUCCACAAAAAUAUUCAUAUUAAGUGACCGUGUGCUAGUAAUCUCCCACCCACCAAAUCUUUGGAAGCCGUAAUGCACAUUAUAUUGCCUCUAAAAAAAUGAAUUG